AUGUCCUACAACACCGAUACCGUCGUCUACGCUCCCGAGAGUCUACGGAAGUCAUCCGAUAUUUCCAAACACCUAUCUCUCCCCGACGAGAUUCUCAUUAUGAUCCUGUCGAAUCUGGUCCGACCAGAAGUUAUCCUAUUCAACAAUCCCAAAGAUCCUGACUUCCUACAUCGCCAGUGCUUGAUCUUUCCACUCAGAUUGGUCUCCUAUCGAUUCCGAGCAAUAGUUGAUGUCCUGUUGGCAGAUAAUUUCCCGAAAGAUUUGUGGCUGAUAGGAGCACUCCCUAUCUAUGACCGCCUGAGGUUGCAUGCAGUCUCUCUGGAAUAUAGGAACACGCUCCGAAUGAUGCUGUCCCCGCUUCUUCGAAGCAAGAAACCAUUCAUCUUGAAGGUCCACCUCCUUCCAGAGCUGAUCAGCAUGCGCGCUGAGGUCAACUGGGACAUGGACCCUUCCGCAUCGGACUCUACACGCAUGAAAGAUGAUUGCACUGCCGGCAAGGCUAUGACUGCGCAUUAUGCUACGGCAGUUGUACUCUCCGAAAUGUUGAGGAAGAUCUUUCAGGACAGCAAUGACGCUGUAAAAAGAGGCAGAACACAUGUAAUAUUCUAUGAAGUUGAUGGAAGCUCGGAAGACGCGCCACGUCUUGUGGCAGAAAUUUUUCAACAGCAACCUACCGUCCUGCCUUUCUGGGAUUUCAACACCGUCUGCGGGCUUGUGAGCUGUUGGCAGUGGAUUCACAAGGCAGACCCUGAUCCAGGUUCCGAUCUGAGCCACUUCAUUACUCUUCCGGUAGUUGCAAUGACGACAGAAAGCUCACGGCCAGCCGAAUGGGUAUUCGACCAUUGCAGUAGAAGAUUGAUGAGUGCGUGGCAAAUUGGCCGCCCUUGGACCAUAAUGCCCAGUCAUAGUACCACAAGAAUCAAGCUCUUCGGGGUCCACUGGAAGGUCUAUCGUCCCAGGAACGAGAUGUUUUCGCUGUGGCUCACUACCCUGAGCCCUGGGCGGAUGGCAAUUCAAUGCUUCGCUAUUCGAGGCGCUGGUGUUCUCUCAAAUGGUGACAGUCGACGGCAAGCGGUUCUCCUCGAACGGCCUUCUUCUCUGCUCAAGAUUGCCUAA